AUCCGACACUCCACAACACCCCUUUCAAGUCGAAAGUCCAUCCUAGAGCCAACGUAUCGCGUUCAAUAGCAGACUAGAGCCCAAGGUUAGAUCUGAGUGUACCAUGUCCGGAUUCCGGAUAAGUGCCGCGUUAUGGGAUCGCAUACACCAUUUCGCAAGCUUCCCGCAGACGGGCGUGUCGUUGCAGCAGAUGGUGCUGUUUGGACAAAAUCCGUCGCAGGGCACGCUGUUCAAGGGGUCUCAGUUUCUACUUGAGGAGCUGCCGAUUCGUCUAGCACAUCGGGCAAAAGAGCUUGACGAGCUUCCUCAUAACCUCUCAGAUAUGCCUUCCAUAAAGAAAGUCAAGAACUGGUAUUGUCAGUCCUUCGAGGAGCUUAUCAACUUCCCGAAGUUUCAUCUCUCACCGGAGGUUAAGAAGGCGCUGUACUCCCAUCGCGGUCAAUCAAAGUCCUUAAAACUACCGGAAUCCAUACCCAAUCCGAGCUUACUUAACACGGCGGCUGGCCUGGAUUCAUUUUCUGAACCUACUCAUUCUCUAGGACUUUCGAACGGGUCUACUAAUGGACAAGCAAAAGAGUUCAUAGGAACGCCGAAGUUACGAAUUCCGAUUGAACGCCGUUAUUACGCCGCGGCUGGUUCUCCGGAUACAAAAUGGCCUCCAGAAAUGCACUCAUAUAACGCUUCCGUCACCGAUCUCCUUCAAAAAAUAAAGCGACGGCACGACCCGACAGUGACAACCGUUGCACAGGGUGUACUUGAGUGGAAGCGUCUAACAGGAGAUCCAGCAAAGACGCAUAUUGGCUUAGAUGUGCAACAAUGGCUUGACCGGUUCUACAUGUCGCGGAUCGGGAUACGUUUCCUCAUCGGGCAACAUAUCGCACUGAAUACGCUUGAACCACACCCAGAUUACGUCGGUAUCAUCUGCACGCGAGCAAACGUACGCGAUAUUGUACACGAGGCAAUUGAGAAUGCGCGAUUCGUAUGUGAGGAGCACUACGGGAUGUUCACUGGCCCUCCCGUACAGCUCAUAUGCAAGCCUGACCUACAUUUUGCAUAUGUUCCCGGACACCUUUCACACAUUUGUUUCGAGAUUCUCAAGAACUCACUCCGUGCGGUCGUUGAGCGGUUUGGUGUUGCGGAGGCUGUGGCCGCUCCCGACAAACUCCCACCGAUCAAGGUCGUCGUGAGCGAGGGCAAGGAAGACAUCACAAUCAAAAUUAGUGACGAAGGUGGCGGGAUCCCACGUAGUGGUGUCGGACUCGUAUGGACAUAUAUGUAUACGACGAUGGCGAACCAGGGCAUUCAGGAUGACUUCACAGACUCGGAUUUCAAGGCACCGAUGGCGGGUUUUGGAUAUGGGUUACCGCUUUCCCGAUUGUAUGCCCGUUAUUUCGGCGGAGACCUCAAGUUGAUCAGUAUGGAAGGGUACGGUACCGACGUGUACAUCCACCUUAAUCGCCUUUCAAGUUCCCGCGAGCCACUUCAGUGACGAACGAUUUGUUGUAGAACGAGAAUGAUUGACGACUAACCUGUUAGCUAUGAUAAGGCGGGACGGAACAAUGACAAUGAUGCACACGGUCUUUAUUAAGAUCACUCUGUACCAAGCACCACCACGUUUCCCUACGUAUUCUUUACUGUGUCCAUGGCAUGUGCAUUGUAUACUAUUUCCUAAUACAUUUUGCAUCAAGACUGCUGUUUAAUCAAUGGCAAAUGUCUGUUGAAUAGUGAAACAUAAAAUGCUGGUGAAAUAAACAUGGAAAACAAGAAUCAGAGGUUAAGAAUCGGAGAAGGACGAACUGAAAAGAUAAAGAUAGUGAACUGCAACGGGAAGAAUAAGAGUCCGUGGGUAUGGAUACUUCAUCUACGACAUGAUACUGGUAUUCUGCAGCCCCGUGUUGGAAUCAGGAGACCAAAAUAAAUAGCAAAACGUCCAAUGCAACGUGUGAACUCAACAACUUGCAUCCCGUAAUAAGGCUAUAAUAAACCUGUGCUACACCACAUUGCAAGUACUAUGAGAGUUGAUGCAGUGACUAAUAUAGUACCGUAGAUGAGAUGAGGAACAGCUGCACUGCCACUAGAGUUGCUAGAAGCUCCCACUGCGGUAUUAGUUGUCCCCGAUCCGCUUCCUUGAAUCGUUGAAGAAGGACUGAUCGUCGAGGUUGUGAGCAGCUGUCCGGAGCUGCCACUUGCUGCAGAGCUAAUUGCGGAAAGUGCAGAGAGAGCACUGGAGAGCGUAGAUAGGGGCCCCGAGGGAACAACACCCGAAAGAACUGUUGUGCCCACUACGCCAUUCGUAGUUGAACUUGGUAUCCCAGAACCAACACUCGAUGCUGGAGAGACUGAAGAAACCAGAGGAGAUGUCAAUGACGCGACUGGAUCACCCGCUGUCCCUGACAUAUUCUCUAGCGUGAAGAAACCCGAGAAGGAACUGUAUGCCUGUGAAGUAUCAUUUGGAUCCCGCGCAGAACUCGAAGUGAUCCUUAUCCAAUAUGAAUCGGAGUUUGGACCUGCACUUGGAUUAGGUGUGAACGUUAAUUCAUGAGUCUGAGAUACAUCAAGGCCGACGGCAAGCUGUUGCACAAGUGUAUUUGUUCCUUGGAAAAGAGCAAAAUCUGAACGCCCGAUAGCAGCGAGCAACGGUGUCCGUCCAUCAUCAGCCCACGUAACUGAGCAGGGACUCCCACCACUACACGAAAUUCCCUUGUAGGGGUGGGUUAUGAAUACGCUAGCUCGGGCGAGUGGUAUGGUGACUGAGCAUUGGAGCAGGAAUGCGAACACAGAUGCAGUAUGCAAACUCAGGAACAUUGGGUUGUCCUCGAUGUCUCUGCUCGAACCGCGUCGUCAGGUAUAUGCAGUUCUGUUACAGGUCCAAUCCAGGUACGUUGGGGUUUGCUUCUACUACAGGCGCUCUGCACCUGCGAGUGGGAGCAACACUAGUUUGCUGAGGACCACAGAUCCAAACGUCUGGCUAAAUAGAAAGCCGACUGAGUCU